AUGUGAUUACGUACCGAUACCCAAUUACAAACAGCCCGGCAGCUUGAUAAAUUACCCUUAGGUAGUGCCGUUGCUGCCCGCCUUCCGCCGUUGGCAGCAAUCCGACCCGAACCACGGAGAGGCUCGAUGUUUGGCUGCUCACUUGCUACCGCUCAAUUCAAAAGCACUCUUCAUUAUUUACCCGUAUUGCGUGAAUCUGGGCGCCGUAACCCGCAUCUUCGCCAUUCAUUCCAGCCACGAUCGAGAACCUACCUUCCAGUUUGGCGUGUCGCGCCCGCGCAGGCUCGAAAUGUCGACGCAGCAGCAAGCCCUGAUCAUGGAGACGAUCCUCGCCAUCAGGAGGACACUGAAACGCAAAGAUUAUGACUCCGACUCGGAUUCCUCGAUAGACCACACCACGAAUCGGGGCAACAAGUUGAAAAAGCGGGCGCGCUUCGUCAAGCAAGGCCGUCUGGUAUCGUCUAUGGGGCCUGCCGCAUACAAGGAGGUCGCUGAACAUGCUGGCUACCACCGAGCAAUCAUAAGCGCAAAUCCGCGGCUGAUCGACGAAGAGGGAUACGACAUUGACAGCGACAAUGACGAGGAGGAAGUCCAAGAGGCCAUUGCCUCGGCUAUGGAAGAUAAUCCGUACUCGUCCGUCCGGCUGGAACAAAUUCUGGCCCCGCUGACUGCCGUUACUGACCUUCCCUCACACCCGACGCUCUCGAAACCGUUUACUUCAAAGGCCCUGACGGAACUGAUCGAGCAGGGGCGCAACCUGAUGCACAAGGAGAAUGCGGCACUAUGGAAGGCCAAACCGCUGCUUACAAAACUCGUUGGCGACAACAUCUGGGCACCCUGUGGCCUUAUGACAUCACCCGACGACAGCGACGCCCUGCUCUUCUCUGAUACCACCAGCUUCUUCAACCGCCCAGCCAGCCGCGUCCCCCAAAAGGCUACGGCGCCUUCGAGCUUGAAUGGAGGACACACGGUAUCGAGCAACGCAUUACUCGAGGUGCCGAAAAGUGACGUUCGACAGGCCGUUUUGCCGGAUGCGCAAGCGGAACAGACCGACGAGGCAGAACCCGGGGCACCAAACCCAACGGACAACGAGGGAAACCAUACACAAGUCUCCCAGUGCCCUGAGCAUAGUGGGCAAGACAAGGAUGGCACGGCUCAAGCAGGCAACAGCUCGAACAAGCCGCCAGAUUAUACGGGCGGAGAGGAUGUGGAGAUGGCCGAUGCAUCGGGUAUCGUUUCCGGCGAUAGCAUCAGAGGAGGUCUUCAAAACCCCUUGUCAAAGGCAACAGUCCUGAGGCCAGACGGUUCGACACAGAGCAACAACAACAGCGACCUCACUAGUAGCAGGGACAACAGAGCAGCAUCAGAUGCAGUUUCCGCCGAAGUUCCUCCGGAAGAGCUCUUCAUCCAUCCGCUCUUCCACCUACCGCCGGCCGCGCGCACGGAGCGAGACCUGGGCUUACCGGAGCAGGAGGCCGAGGAGGUCCGGCGGCUGCUGCUGCUGUACGUGCAGAAGCAGGAGGAGAUCUGCCGGGGCACCAAGCGGCUCUUUGAGGGCCUGCUCAAGGCGGAUCGGUACCGCAGGACGGUGUGGCAGUGGGCCAAGGCUGAGGCGCACUGCGGGCCGAACCGGGACAUGUCCGACGGCGAGGACUGGUACGACAAGGAGGAGUGGGGCUUGACCGAGGACCUGAAGAAGGGUGAGGACGAGGUCGAGGAGGACACGACGCAGACGCAGAAGAAGACGAGGAACCGGAAGUGA